GGAGGCGGAGCGGAGGCCGGGGAGGAGUCGGGGCCUGCAGUGGAGCCGCAGCCCGGAGCAGCAGCUGCGGGAGCGGUGGGGCCUGGAGAGACUCAGCGCCGUUCGGCUGGGGCCCCCCGGAACCCGGGGAGCCCUCUGGGGACGAAGCUGAGGCGCAGCAGAAGGUGGCGGAGGCGACUGCUCUGUUUCGCGAGCCGCUGUGGCCUCCAGUGGUAGCCGGGCCCGGGCAAGAGGAGCUGGGGCCUGGGGGGAAGCCAGGGACGGCCUCCGGGCAGCCGGGGUGGGGGAGCACCCCCGUAGCCUGCUGGGGUGGGGGAGAGACUGCCCGCCUGCUCCAUCCGCAGCCGGGAGGGAAGCACUUGGUUGAGCAGCCCUGCUCGCAGCCGGAGCACCCGGCGGGCCCUUUUCGAGGGCGGUCCCGCCGGCCCCUUCCACGCUAACUAGCUAAGGGAGCCUAGCACUUGCCCCCAGCCCCACUAACUAGCUGAGAGUGGGCAGAGGGCCCAACACCAAAUCUUUAUAGAGAAGCAAAUCUACUCUUCCACGAAGUGGAAGAGAGCCUCGUGGAGAUCCUUUGAUACCUAUUUAGGUGAGAGGCAUCCUCAGUUCUCCAGUUUCUGAGGGUUGCGAGAAUAACCCUGACUACCUACUCCCCCUUACUACAUAACUGCUGGGUGAGGAAAUUGUUUCCCCAAGACAGGAGGCAGCCCUUAACAAGCUCUUCCCUAGACCAGAUAGUAAACAGGGAGCCUCAACAGAAGAAUCCUCAUAUGCCCAAGAGAGGUAGUUACCAAAAGAGAAAUAAGUAGGAGCUCCAGAUAAUUACCUAGUAAUUUUAAUUAUUUACAUCAGGUCAAUAGGCAGCAGAGAAAGUAAAACAAGGGAGAGAAAGCACAGGCAGAUUCAGGUACUCUUAUUCCUUUUUCCAGUUGCUGUCAGCCUCUGUUUUUAUGUAGUUUUUACUGAUAUUAUCCACAGAGCUGACAAGAAUUCUGUCAGAGAAAGAGAUCUGCCCACCCUUAAGGACAAGGUGUGCGUGCAGGAAAAAGAAGAGAGACUUCCAGGUAGGGAGAUUAUUUAAGAUCAAUAUCCCAACGUGGCAGUCAGUGAGGAAAAGGGUUUCUCCCAAGGGAGACAGUAGUUAGCUGCCAGAAGUGAGAGAGGAUCUCCAUCCUGGGAUAAAAACAGCAGUUUCAGGGGAGUGAAGAUCCCAAGCAGAUUGUUUUAAUACUCAAGAUUCUGAUUUCGUUCACAAUCCCCUUGCUCUCAAAAUAUUUCUUGAAGAAGCUCUUGGAAUAGCUGUCAGCAAGACUCUCAGAAUGGCUCUCAGAGAAGAAGUGUGAAGAGCAGCACCCCCAGAAACCAGCAUUGAAGAUAAUCCACCUCCCUCCAGAAAAAUCUUCCAGACAGAAUAAAGCUGCUUCCAGUAUCAUGGCCUCUGACUUGGAAAGCAGCCUCACUUCCAUAGACUGGCUCCCACAGCUUACUUUAAGAGCUACUAUUGAAAAAUUAGGGGGCUCCUCACAAGCAGGACCUCCAGGGGCUGCCCGAAAGUGUCCUCCAGGCUCACCGACAGAUCCCAAUGCUACUCUAAGUAAGGAUGAGGCCGCAGUGCAUCAAGAUGGCAAGCCACGUUACAGCUAUGCCACUCUGAUCACAUAUGCAAUCAACUCAUCCCCUGCCAAGAAGAUGACACUUAGUGAGAUUUACCGUUGGAUCUGUGACAACUUUCCCUACUACAAAAAUGCUGGUAUUGGUUGGAAGAACUCAAUUCGUCAUAACCUCUCUCUGAAUAAGUGUUUUCGGAAAGUGCCUCGACCAAGGGAUGAUCCUGGGAAGGGCUCUUAUUGGACAAUAGAUACAUGUCCAGAUAUAUCUCGCAAGAGGCGGCAUCCUCCUGAUGAUGACAUACCACAAGAUUCCCCAGAGCAAGAGGCAAGUAAGAGCCCCCGAGGGGCUGUUCCGGUCAGCACAGAAGCCUCUUUGCCACCUGAGGCUACCCCUCAGCUGUCACUCCAGAGCACUGCCCCCAUUGCCAACUACAGUCAGCAGUCUGCAGGGCCUGUGGAUGUUGCCUCUACUGUAGCAGGGGGGCAGGGCCGUGAAGGGGCCGAUGUACCCCCCCCACUGUACAGUGCCAACCAUGACUUCAAGUUCUCCUACUCUGAGAUCAAUUUCCAGGAUCUUAGCUGGUCCUUCCGAAAUCUCUACAAAUCCAUGCUGGAGAAAUCAUCUUCCUCUCAGCACGGUUUCUCUUCUCUCCUUGGUGACAUGCAGCCCUCCAACCACAACUACUACAUGUACCAGCAGCAACAGCAGGGCCCCUCAGCAGUGGGUGCUGCUCCACCACUCCACACUCCAACGCCAGAGGGCUGCCCAUCCCAAGGGGGAAAGCAGCAGGGUGGUGAAAGUUAUGGCCCUCCACCAGUGAUGUCCAUGCACCCUCCCCCAAUGCAGCAUGGAGGCUACCACCAGCAUCAACAUCACCCACACUCCCACCCUCAGCAGCAGCCACACCAGCACCAGCAGCAGCAGCAGUCACAGGCUUCAAUCAACAAUGCUGGCUUCGCAUUUCCCCCUGAUUGGUGCUCCAGCAUUGAUUCCCUGAAGGAGAGCUUCAAGAUGGUAAACCGGCUGAACUGGUCUAGCAUUGAGCACUCCCAAUUCUCAGAGUUGAUGGAGAGUCUGCGCCAGGCUGAGCGGAAGAACUGGACACUGGAUCAACACCAUAUUGCCAAUCUCUGUGACUCCCUUAAUCACUUCCUUACCCAGACUGGUCAGCUCCCUCAUCUGGUUGGCCCACAGCAGCCCCCUCGAAUCUCUGAUUCUUGUGCCCUGAACAGUGGCAAACAGGAGCAAUCCAUGAACCAAGUGAACUCCUAUGGUCAACCCCAGCCUCCCCACCUCUUCUCCGGUCCAUCUCCGAUGUACCAGAUUUCUACCCAGGACUCUCCAGGAUAUAAUCGCCCAGCUCAUCAUCUGGUCCCUCGGCCUUCAGGGCCUCCUCCAGGCACCAAUGAGGAAAUCCCUGAUGAUUUCGACUGGGACUUGAUCACCUAGCGAGUUACAGACUUAAUAGCCCGUCCUUUGUGAAGGACGCGGGAGGGGAGGGGGACAUGGGGUGAAUGGUGCCACACCACCUUCUCCAGCCUUCCUACCUUGCCUGUAUAUAGAUAUAUAUUCUCUAUCUCCGCCAGAGAAGCCACCGCAAGAUGCUGCCGAAGAUAAUCUUUCAUUGCGUCCUGUUUUAUCUUUUUUCUUCUUUUGUUUAUUAUUAUUGUUGUUGUUGUUAUUAUUAUCGAUAAUUGAGCACAGCCCUUCCCCUCCUCUGGUGGCCUCGGAUGCAUCAGAUCAAAUCUUUCAUGUUGUGUGGUGCCCUGUGUAGGGCAGAAAGAUGGGUCCUUGCUGCCACAAAAAGACCUCAGAAGGCUGAAUCCUUGUGUGCAUCUUUCUCUGCCUCUGUCAUUUUGCAUUUAGCAAUCCCUCUUUCCCUUCAAAGCGGACAGUAAAUCUGUUAUAUUGGCUACUGAGUGAGAGUCUAGUAGACCCCGGGAGCCUGUAGUUAUGUUAUUUCUUAAGUGUUGUAAAGGUCAGGAGGCUAAAGGGACACUGGAGGGAUGAUUUCAGCUCAGUGAACUGUUUCACACCAGUGGGAAGAGCAAGAAAAGAAAUAGAGAUCCCAAGUACAAAUAGGAUGAUCUCUUAAGUAGAGAGAGCUGAGCUGAGCUGAGCUGAGCUGGGAGGGAAAACCUGAGUUUGGAGAAAGGAAAAUGUAGUAGAAAUGAUGUUUCAGCAGAGAUGUUGGGUUUCAGGAUGCAGUGCCUCUUUGUGAGGACCAAGAGUGAUUCUGAGAGGAUCCUGACUGUGUUCUGCACUGCCUUUUGCAGUCUCCAAGGAAGUGAAGCCUACAUACUCAUCAAGUAAAAGAAGCAGUCGAGGGUGUUGUGAUCCAGCAAAUUCUGUUUUCCAGAGCUUUUAAUUUCACCCCUGCCCCUUCAAGCCUUUCUUCAAAGUAUGCAGUGAGGCUCUUACUUGCAUAUGCAAACUCAAAAGUUUUCUCACACUGUCAGUAUUUGCUCAAUUGUUAUUUGGCCCUCUGCCCCUUGUACCUUUUUGGAGACUGUCCUUGUCUGUGGCAACAGGAGCCUUGCUGCGUUGGUGUAAAUUCUCAGUUAGUGGUUCCCACUUUGUGAACGGGUUAAUGGUGGAAAGAUGAAGCUGCUGCUCAGAGUGGAGGUGAAUUAGGGGACUUCUGGUCAAGGAGCUCAAACCCUCUGGUUGAGUAAGUGAGAGGCUCUUAGAAGUGAUUUUUUGUAAGAGAUGCGUUAGAAGAGGGGAUGAAGUAGAGCCGAACAGCCAAAGAGUAUCGUAUAGAAGGAGGGGGACGGGUAGGUCAGACUCCUUGCAGUUCAGCUGAGGAGGAUGAUGGAAUAGAAUGUAAAUCCCAAUUAAUGGUUUCUGUCAGCAAAUUAGGAAAGCAAAAAAGAUGCAGGAGUGAGUACUGAAAUUCCUCCUCCCCUAAGCUGUGUCCUGCGUUACCUUUUUUUUUUUUUCCUGAUAUGGCUGUGUUCUGUCAAACCUCUUGUUUCAUUUUAGUAUUUUGUAAAGCCUACCCCAGCCCUUAUUCCCUGUUUAUCAGUGAAAGGAACAAGACAGAAAUAAAACAUCAUGGUGGCUUUGACGUACCUGGGGAAGAGGAGGUAAAAACCUCUGCUCUGACUGAAGGAAGAUAGGGAACUAAAAUUGCUUUUUAAAUUUGCUGUAGGGAUAAACCAAUUGGAUCUUUGUCAGGGAAGUGGACAGUCUCAUUGUAUUGGGGAGGGGGGGCGGUGGGACGUUCUUUUUUUUUUUUUCAUUUUCUUUUUAAAAUGUGUGUAUUGAGGGGGAGUUCGUCAGUGAGUAUCUCCAAGAGAAAUGAGGAAUCCCAGAGCCAACUUCAACAUGGAGUUAGCUGUUAUCUAUGCUGCCUCAGGAUGGUAAUGAUACAGCUUGGAAGCAUGUGUGAUUGGGUUUCUGUGGAAUGUGGCGCCAGAGACAACCUCUGGUUGGUGCCAGUUAGUGCUUUGCAGAGCAUAUCACAGAGCCAGCCCUGUGGAAAUCUGAAACCACUGGAAGAAAAAAGAAAGAUAGCUCCUUCUGCAUAUGAAAGUCCCCACAAUUUGCAUAUUUAUCUCAUCUGCAUAUUGAUUUGCUCAUUGUUUGCAUAUGUAAAUACACGCCGGUCAGUGUGCAAAUUAGCCUCGUUCCUCUGCCUCUGAAAUACAUGUGCAUUGUCAAUGCGUGGGAAGGCAUCGGGUUGGCUAUGUGAAGCUCCACACUGGUACCAGCAGGGAGUGAAUGGAUGCAAACGUGCCAUGGAGAGUUCUUGCAGGCCCUUCCACAGUGGCGUAGCCCACAGUGUUUUGUGUCAAGGGUCAAGGAGAGAGGGGCGUGGUCUCACAAGUUUAUUUUUGUGCAUGCUUUCUUAAUAAAAAGAAAAAGUGAAUGUUUAUGGUUUAA